AUGUCAUCAACACAGGUCGAGACCGUGAAAACAAACCUAGGCCCAGCCCCAGCUGAAGCCAAGGGCAAGCUGCGCUACAUUGCCCAGGGGCAUCUUCCCAGAGCAAGUCCGCACAACUUCCAUCUCCCUGACAUGUCCGAGUUUGGGGACGAGCGUUUCCUGACACUUCGUUCCCUUCGGCCUAUCCCUACACUUCAAGAGCUGCCAACUUGCUCCCACCAUGUCCAACUGGACACCCAAGGCUUCACGGCGAUUCUUCACCCUACGCCUCUGCACGCCUCACCGUUUGGCUCCCAUUCUUUCAAGAAUCCCGAGCUCCUCAAGGAGCAUGUCAUCCCUAACACGGCCGACAUGCUCAAGCAGAUGACGGGCUGCAAGACUGUCAUCACAGAAGCUCUUCUGUUGCGCUCUGCUCUCUGGUCCGCAACCGACUCCUUGGCUGCUCAUGGCAGCGUCCAGGGCGAGACAGCCGACCUGGAGACGAGCUUCCCCCAGUUCAUCGGGUUCAAUCCGAUAAACGGCGGUGCCAGUCCCGCGUCCAAGGUCCAUCUGGACUACACGCCAGAGGGCGCGAGAACCCAUAUCCGAAAAUUCCAUCCCAAUACCACCGAGGCUUCUAUGGACAUUAUUCGUCACGAAGACGACCUGGUCGCGGCCGGAAAGGUCCUCAGUGAAGACUACAAGCACGGCGAGGGUCCACGCUGGGCGCUGUACUCUAUCUGGAGACCUCUGAAGACUGUCAAGAGGGACCCUCUGGCUGUGGCCGACUACCGAACGUACAGCAAUGAGGAUUACGUCCCAGUGGGCGUGAACACGCCGUGCUUGGGAAGGCCAGGGACCAGCGAAACCCACUCCGCAGAGUGCUACCUGGCAAGACACUCCCAGCGGCACAAGUGGUACUGGAUAGAUGAGCAGAAGCCCGAGGAGGCUUUGGUCUUGAAGUUCUUUGACAGUGACUCGGAAGAGCCUCACGGCGUCUCUGCUGGUGGUGUCUUGCACUCGAGCGUGGAGCUGCCUGGGACGGAAGGCGAGGAGGCACGAGAAUCCCUGGAAAUACGUUGUCUCUGCAUUUGGUGA